AUGGCGUGGAUGGUGAAGGCGCGGAAGUCGACGCGGUGCGACGUACUCAUCCGAGGGGUACCGCGUGCUCGGGACGCGAAUCCCCGCACGGGCGCGCGUGAGGGGCCCCGUGGCCGGCGGGGCGGAGGAGGCGGAGGCGGAGCCGGAGACGAGGCGUCGCUCAGCAAAGACGGCGCGGCGCCCGAGCUGAGGCUCGAGGGCGACGCAAGCGGCGUCGAGGAGGAUGAACCCGGUGAAGGCGCGUCGCCCGGCGAAGACGGCGCGGCGCCCGAGCUAAGGCUCGAGGGCGACGCAGCGGCGUCGAGGCAGGCGUCGGCGCGGGUGUCGGCGUGGGGUCACCCGAGACAUGGCUCGAGGGUGACCCGGAGGGUGAGCGAGGCAGCGCCCGAGCCGAGCUCAAGGGCGCGGCGGAGGACGACGAGGCAGUGCCCGAGUCCGAGCUCGAGGGCACUGUAG